UGUGUGUUCGUCAAAAUGCAAUCACAAUGUCGUUUAAGAGCAUACAUGUAUUCCAUGGUUGAAGAAAUACUGCUUAAUCUUAUGUCGCAACUGGCCGUAGUUGUCCAUCAUGUAGCCACAGUUAGGUCCCGCAAGAGGAAACGUAGUUCAACGGUUGAACCCUUUGCUUUGAUACAGCGUAUGCCUGAUCAAAUUAAGCACUUAGAUAGGAUGGUAAAUUUUAGUGAUGUUGACUGCAUAGUUAAUUUAAGAAUGGAUCGCAACACAUUCGGUCGGUUGUGCCAAUUGUUACGGCAACUGGCAGGCAUGAGGAAUGGCAGGUUCGUUACCGUAGAGGAACAAGUAGCCAUGUUCCUAUCGGUCCUAGCCCAUCAUAAAAAAAACCGCGUGGUUAGGUUCAAUUUUUGGCGUUCCGGGCAGACGGUAUCACACUACGUACACGUUGUCUUGAAAGCUAUCUUGUCUUUACACGUGCUACUUCUCGUUAAACCAAAGCCGGUCGAUGAAGAGUGCAUAGAUUCUAGAUGGGGAUGGUUUAAGGGCUGCUUAGGGGCACUGGAUGGCACCUACAUCGAUGUUAUGGGGCCAAACAAGGAUAAACCGCGAUAUAGAACCCGGAAGGGACAGAUUGCAACUAACACAUUGGCGGUGUGCGAUCGACACCUACAGUUUGUGUAUGUUCUCCCUGGAUGGGAAGGUUCCGCCGCGGAUUCUAGAGUCUUGCGCGAUGCACUCACGAGGGUUCAUGGGUUCAGAGUACCUAAGGGCAAUUACUACCUGUGCGAUAACGGCUAUGCAAAUUGUGAAGGCUUUUUGGCACCGUACAAAAUCGUUAUAUAUCAUCUCAAAGAAUGGGGCCCUCUUGCUGCUAGACCACAAAACGCCCGAGAACUUUUGAAUUUGCGCCAUGCAAAGGCACGUAACGCAAUUGAACGUGCCUUUGGUAUCAUGAAAAUGAGAUGGGGCAUUCUCCGAAGCACCUCCUGCUACCCUGUCAAGGUUCAAAAUCGAUUGAUCAUGGCAUGUUUUGUCAUCAACAAUUUCAUAAGGACUAACAUGCCUGUAGAUCCAAUAGAGCAGCAAUUUGACAAUCAAUAUGUGGAAACUGCGGAUACUGAAUCUGAUAAUGAGGAAUACAUCGAUGGCGUUGAGCCUUCACCGGAGUGGAACGCGGCAAGGGACAAUUUAGCACAGAUAAUGUGGCAGCAAUAUCUAGUAUCAACUUAA